AUGGUCUUUCGAUUCAUGCUACUCUGCGGCGCUCUAUCCGCCAGUAGCGUAGCGCAGACUGAUGACCUUCCGGAUUUUCCACAGUAUUCUCCACAAUGCGUACCCUUUGAAUGUCGCCCCACGCGUGCUCCCGCUCCCGUGAAGGACUUCGAAUUUACAAGCAAUGGCUGCGGAACAUCUGGAUUUCAAGUUUCAACAUCUAAGGAUUUGGAAGAGUGCUGCAAUUGGCACGACGCGUGCUAUAGUGUGUGUGGUAUGCCAAAGAAAAUCUGCGAAAAGCGCUUAAAAUCGUGCAUGCAUGCAACGUGCCACGAGAAAAGAACGGCAAAAGAGCGUGAAGACUGUUUUACGACUGCUAAGAUUUUUUAUAUCAGCGCCAACAUGAUGGCGUGUCCAGCAUACGAGGAUGCGCAGAAAGAAGCGUGCGAAUGUGUACCAGAAGAUACUGUUGCUACUGCCACCCGACAGCGUUUGGAAUAUUUUCUCGAAGAAAAUGGCGCAAGCGAAAAAGAGUUGUCGGACGAGGCUAUUGAUGCGCUUCUAACGAAGUACAAAGGUCAAGAACCAAAAAUGUUUUACCGACUGCUGAAGAAAUACCCUAAGGCACUGAAAAGGGAUCCGGAGAAGACAAAUUUCAUGGAUAACGUUGUGAAAAAUGUCGACAACUCUCUUAAAAAAGAGAAGCUGACGAAACGUAAAAAUGUGAAGAAAGAGGAGCCGGUAGACGAGCACGAGGAAUUGUAA